AUGGUACCCAAACUGAUCUGUGUAAUGGGUGUUUCUGGGUGCGGCAAGACGACGAUCGGUGAAUUGCUCGCCAAGAAACUAGAUGUUCAUUUCGCGGACGGUGAUCACUAUCAUUCGACGGAAAAUCGAAAAAAGAUGGCUCAAGGAAUUCCGCUGACGGAUGAAGAUCGAUAUCCGUGGCUGCGCCGCCUGUCCAAAGUGGUCAUCGAGACUAACGGCCCCGUUGUACUUGCUUGUUCAGCGCUGAAGAAAAAAUACAGGAAGCUGUUAACCGAUGCGCUUGACGGCAAUUACGUGUUUAUCCAUUUGCAAGUUAGCAGGAAUGAACUGGAAAAAAGGAUCUGCACAAGGCAGGGGCAUUUUGUGGAUUGCAAACUGUUAGACAGUCAACUUGCAACACUGGAAACUCCAACUGGCGAAAAAAAUUGUUUUGUGAUUGAUGCUAAUCGAAGUCCUCAGGACAUUUUGCAAGAUGUAUUACAGUUUCUGAAGCAUUAA